AUGCUCUUAACACGCAUUGCUCGCAUCCCGUGGGGUUUUGAACUUUCUCCAGAGACCACAAAUAAGCUGCAAAUGUUUUUCAUACCAGGAAGGAUUCCAUCAAAUACAUGGUUCGGUCCCUAUGCUGCAAAGCCAAGUAACGCCACACUCCUUUGUGGUAGUAGUUAUAUAAUUGUGAGGGAGAUGCAGGUAGAAAAACCUACAAAAAACCCAGACCUCAUGAAGAGUAUACUGCACCACGUGUCGCCGGACCAUCUGCCAGGAGUGAGAAGGCUCACACGUGAAGAGCUCAAUCUAUAUGAAAGACCCCUAACUUGGAGUCUCUUUUAUGCCAAGUAG